GUAUAUAUUUAUAUGUUAACAUUAUUUUAUCGAUUAUUAUAUAUUUAUUUAAGUAUAUAUUUGUCUUUAGUGUCAGGUGGAAGUAUAGCUGGUAGGAUUGUGUUUUAUAUUUUAUAUAUUUUGUAUGGAGAAAUAUAUGCAAUAGCAUCUUCUGUUUCGAAUGAAAAUGUGUCAGGUGGAAGUAUAGCUGGUAGGAUUGUGUUUUAUAUUUUAUAUAUUUUGUAUGGAGAAAUAUAUGCAAUAGCAUCUUCUGUUUCGAAUGAAAAUGAUUCCUUAUCAUUCGAACAAUAUCAAAAUUAUCGUUCCCAACACCCGGGACCUCUCUCAGAGAGGUCCUUCAAUAAAUGGAAACGUAAUGGCGGUAUGGAUGAGCCCUCUUUUAAAUUGAGGAAUCAUCCAUACCGGGGUGUUGGGAGACACCGAAGAAAAAACAGCAACCAAAAGGUUGUAAAUGUCUUCUAUCAGUAGAGAUAUUUAUGACUUUUUAGUUGCUGCUUUUUCUUCGUUUUUUUUUUUUUUUUAAUUUUGUAAUUUUUUGUUUGGUGUUUUUUUUAUUAUAGUUUUGUAAUUUUUUUUUUAAAUAUAUAUUACGUUGUAUAUUUGUUUUGUUUUAAUCUUUUUUAAUAAAAUUUUUAAUUGUUUUCUCACCAAUUAAACCUGACUUCAAAUUUAAAGCCCUCUUAAAUACCCCUCCCUAAAUUCUAAAGUCGAAAGUUGAAUUGAUUCAUUAUCCAAUUAUCAUAAUAUAAUGAUGCUGCAUUCUUUUGUUAAAAACAAUUAUUUGGUAAUGCUU